AUGACCGAUUUAGAACCCUACUAUUUUAAGGGAGAUCAGCAGGUUAUAUGCGGUGAAAUUGUCCCUUCAAUUGAGGAUGAUUUUGAUGAAAACUAUCCCUCGAUAGUGGACCGUUUUUUCACUCGUUAUUACUAUGAUUUUUCCGACCAGCAAACGGAACCGCACCAAGUUCUUUAUCACUCGAAUCGAAUAUGCCUGAUCGGACUAGCCCCAGGCCACGACGCUUUCGCGCGAGGAAUCGAGUCGAUAACGUUCGACGUGGGUAAAAUCGAUCGUAGCCAAAACCGUGUCAAGGGAAAGAAGAAAAGUGGAGGGAUGAUUGUCCAGAUGGAUUCUUCACUGGCUUUGGUCACCUGUAAAGAUGGUAGGGUGUUCAAAGUGCGUAGUUGCGUGCCAGGCAAGUUGGUGGAAGUAAAUCAAAGGGUGGUUGAGGACGUCAGUUUGCUUGAGAAGGAAGGAGAAGGCUAUAUUGCGAUUGUGAUGCCCAAACCGGAGCAGUGCGAAGCAAUUAAGAACAAGUUGAUGUCUAGGGAGCAGUUUGAGUCGAAAAAUGGUAACGUUAUUGAGUAAGGUUGGGUUGGAAUAAACAAAUAGAGAUGAAAA